UUUUUAAUUAUUUAACAACAUGGAAGGAGCGUUUUUGGGGACUGACAAGCAACUCCAAGAUAUGUAUCAGCUGUGCUUUAAUAUACCAAAGAUUGAGCUUCAUUCUCAUAUCGGAGGAAACCUGAGACCAGCUACUUUUCUUGAGCUUGCUGAAAAGGAAGGAAUCAGUGUUGACCAUAUUGAUUUUUAUAAUGUAACUUUGAAGGGAGCCUUUGACAUAUUUGCUGUUGUGGGAAAGAUUCUGAAUAGCUUAGAUGUUCUUCAAAGAGUAAUCAGAGAAAUCGUUGAGGAUUACUCGAAGACAAACACCAGAUACCUUGAGCUAAGAUCAGGCCCAAAAGCCUUUGGAGAGAAUACAAAGGAAGAUUAUAUUAAAGCAGUUGUUGAGGUUCUUGAAGAGUGUGAGACACUCUUUCCUCACAUCACUGUGAGACUCUUGGUCAGUAUCAAUAGAUCGGCUCCAAUGGAAUCCAAUCUUGAAGCUUAUGAACUAGCAAAGAAGUAUAUUGUAGAUGAAAAGUGUAAAUACAUUGUUGGACUCGAAUUUAGCGGAAAUCCAAAGGACAAUUCCUUCGAGGAUUAUUGCGAAAAUAUCUUUAACCCUGCUAGAGAGGCAGGCAUAAAGAUUAGUGUUCAUACUGCUGAAAUAGAGGACCAUCAUGAAGAGACUGAGAAAAUUCUUGACUUUAAACCUGAUAGACUCGGCCAUUGUUGAUACAUGAAUGAGGAGGAGUUCAAACGCGUUGCUGAGCUUGAAAUUCCUGUAGAAGUAUGUAUCAGCUCAAAUGUUGGAACUAUGAACCUAUCUACCAUAUCUCAGAUAAAGCACAUCCCUACUCUCCAUAGUAUGGGCUGAACUAUAAUCCCAUGCUGUGACGAUACAAUGUUGUUCAACACUAAUAUGAUAAACGAGACAUUCGAGUUAGUAAACAUGCUUAAACUAGAAGAAGAGGAGUUAAAGUCCAUACUAAAUAAAGGUAUCGAUGCUAUCUUUGACGACGAAGUUAAAGCUCUUCUAGCAUCUGAGACCUAA